ACACACACACACUGGAAGCACCCGCCUCAGGAGGAGGUACCGCCCGCACCAGGCAAGUGGCGGCCUGGCUAAUCACCCCACCUUUCCCGGAGCCUCUCUCUCUCUCUUCGCCCCUGCCCCCCCCCCUCCUCCUCGGGCUCUUUCCGUCUCCUCGCCCGCGCUCCCUGCCUGCCCAGCUCCCCGGUGCCGGACCCUGCCUUUGCCACCAUGCCGGACGCCAGCACCCUCGCCCCGGGGGUGAGCAUCCCGCGCAAUCGCUCCGGCCUGCAGACCUUCUGGCACCAGUUCACGGCGCUCCUGCGCAAGCAGGCCCUUGUCACGGCUCGGAGCUGGAAAUCCACCAUGCUGGCCAUCCUGGCACCGCUGCUGUUUACCCUGCUGCUGAUCGUCCUGGAUCUGCUGCCUAAGUCUGGCGGUAGCAAUCCCUACAAUCCCCUCCCCUUGAUCCCCGAGCAGCCGGUCCUGGCGAUCGGCGCUCUGCCCGAGUGCCUUCCCUUCAGCAAAACCCCAUCGGCUCCCUGCCGGGCGAUCCGCUAUGCCGUCGACCCAACCCAAUACUAUCCCAACUCGACCGUGAACACCAUCAACCAGUGGUCCCACCAGGCUUGGAACGAUCCGGACACCGAGCUCAAUGUCGCACGCAUCCUGGACCAGGUGAAGUUUGAAAACCACCUGGCCGACGAGGAUAUCGAGGUGCUGCCCGACGCGCGUCAGCUCAAUGACUUCAUCUUGCGCCACCCGAACACCACCGGCAUUGGCCUCAUUUUCCACUCGGCCGUCCCAUCCAACUUCAGCUACACCAUCCUCUUCAAUUCCACCUACACGGUGGUUGAUCCGCGCGCCCGGCCCGAUGGCCGGACCGAGCUCCAGGUGGCCCUCGACCGAGCAAUCAUCACCCUCUCGCUGAAUGACACCCUCGGCGUGGCGUCGACCCCCGGGGCGGGGGAGAUGCACCCGGUGGAGGUGGACAUCGCUGACGAUCCGCCCGGCGCCCGGCCAAGGGUGGGAGUGGACCUGCGGGCCUGGUCCAAAACCUUCCCGCAAAUGGGCUACACACAGGCGCUCAUUUCCUCGGAUGAAGAUUACGGCAUGACCUUCUACUUUGCGGGGCUCACCCUGCUGCUGGUCUUCCAGCUGUACCACAUUUCCUUCGAGACGGAGAACCACCUGCGCCGGGGGCUGACCAUGAUCGGGCUUCAGGCCCCGGCGUACUGGGCCUCGUGGCUGGUGCUGGCCGUGGGGUUUUCCCUGCUGGCGGUGCUGGUGCAGCUGGGCUGCGGGUAUCUCUUUGGGUUCCGGUUCUUCACGCGCACCGAUCCCCUGCUGCUGGGGGUGGUGUUUCUGGCCUUCUCGGUGGCCAUGCUGAUGGUGGUGUACCUGGCGUCGGUGUUCGUGAGCAAGGCCCGCACCGCGCUCCAAGUGGGCAUGGGCCUCUUUGUGCUGGGCAUGCUCUUCGCCUCGGCCAUCAACAGCCGGGCCAUGCUGGAGCUCCUGUGGAACUGGAGCAUCGUUCCCCGCGGUGUGACCAUCUUCUUCCAGUUCCUGCCCUUCUUCAACUUCGCCAAAAUCAUGGCCGACAUCAAUGACGCCUACAAGGUUCCAGACUCGGACGUAUACUCCUGGACGGAGUUCAGCCAGACGCACUGCAUCGCCGAUGCCGGUGUGCCGUGCGCCUUUGUCGUGCCAUCGGCCCUCAACUCACUCGGCAUGCUUGGUCUGAACUUCCUCCUGUUUGCGGUGCUCUUCCUCUACUUUGACGCGGUGUGGCCGGGGUCCCAUGGCCAGGGCCGGCAUCCGGUCUUCUUCCUGUUCCCGAGCUACUGGCGGUCCUGGCUUCCGGCCGGCACGGGGUCGGAUGCGGCCACGCGCGAGGCCAUCGAGGCUGCCCUGGGCCAGUUGAAUGCCACGCCCGGUGGCCCCGGCGGGCCGGUGCGUCUGCCCUCCGCCAGCGGCCCGGCGGCCAACCAACUGCAGCAUGAUGGCAGCGCCGCCCACGAGGCGGAUCUGGUUGUUCGCACGCUGGACCAGCUGGCCACCCCGGGGGCGGAUGACCUGGACCGCGAGCAUCUAGAUCGCGCCGCUGCCGGCCUGGUGAUCGCCGGUCUGGGCAAGGACUUCGUGUCGCUCAGUGCCAAGGGUCUGCUCCGCUGCCGGGAUGACUGGAAGCGCACCCUCCGCGCGGUGGACCAGGUCUGCCUGUCGGCGGAUCCCGGGUGCAUCCUGGCGGUCCUCGGUCACAAUGGCGCCGGCAAGACCACGACCAUCAACUUGCUGACCGGGUUCCUGUCGGCCACGCGCGGCGAUGCCUUCUUCAAUUAUGGCCAACUGUCCCUGCGCCGGGACUUGGACCAGAUCCGCUCGCUGACCGGUGUCUGCCCGCAGCAUGACAUCCUCUGGAACGACCUGACCUCGCGUGAGCACCUGGAGUUCUUCCUUCGCUUCCGUGGUAUCACCGGUCCGUCAGGCGCGCUGGAGGCGUUGGUCCGCCAGUCGCUGCAAGAAGUCGGUCUGCUUGACGUGGCGGACAAGCGUGUCAGCGAGUACAGCGGGGGAAUGCGCCGGCGCCUGUCGGUGGCUCUCUGCUUCGUUGGUGAUCCUUUCAUCGUCUUCCUCGACGAACCCACCACCGGCAUGGACCCGUACAUCCGCCGGGAGGUGUGGUCGCUGCUGCUCCGGCAGCGCAAGCGCGCCAAUUCGAUGCUCCCGCCGGCGGACGGCCCCCCACGCCGGGAGACCACCGGCCGCAUCAUCAUCAUGACUACGCAUUCCAUGGAGGAGGCCGACGUGUUGGCCGACAAGAUUGCCAUCAUUUCCCAUGGCCAGGUGUGCUCGGUCGGCACGAGCCUCUCUCUGAAGUCGGCUCACGCUGGCUGGCGGCUGAACUUGGUGCUGGCCUACGCGCCGACGGCCGGCAGACAGGCUGACGGCCAGUCGGCCGGGGGGCUCCCGGGGCUGGUGAGCUCCCUCCGGGGCUUGGCCGACUGGAUGGGCCGUCUGGGUAUGGACUUUUCCAUCAGUGUGCCCAGUCUCGGGGACAUUGGCCCCAGGGACCUGGCCGAUGCGGCGCGCCUCGAAGCAAUGCUUCCGGCCCCGGCGGCCACGGGUCCAGGCGGCUCCCUUGCCGCGGGCAUGGGCCCUGCCGCUGGCUCGACCGCACAGCAGGUGGUCGACUCGCCGGCGGCCCUGGAUGACCGGAGCCGGGUCGUGCGCGCGGUCCAGGCUCUCGCCCUGCAGCAGCUCACCGUGACCGUGACCUUCCCGUCGACGGUGGCCCGCGUAUCCAUCAUGGCCCUGCUAGAUGAUGUGGAGGCGCGUGUGGCGGCCUGCGAGGCGGAUUUGGCCGGACGUGCCGGUCUGGCCGCCGCCGCUGCCGCCGCCGCCCCCACGACCGGCGAAGUUCUGCUGGUGGACUUCAACCUCGGCCAGACUACCCUGGAGGAUGUCUUCCUGGCGGUGACCGAGCAGGCCUAA